AUGGAACAUUUGUCUCGGCAAGCACAUUCGAUGGUGCAGGCAUACACGCAGGAUGAUUUCGAUGAGUUGAUGGGAAAGGUUCAAAAGGUAGAUAUGCGUGUGGUGGAGUAUUUGGAAUCGGCUGGUAGAGACAAGUGGGCUAGAUUGUAUGCAUCUGUUAACCGAGGGUGGACAAUGACUUCUAACAUAGCAGAGUGCAUUAACCGACAUCUUCUUGCAGCUAGAGAACUGCCUAUAUAUGACUUUCUCGAAGAAGUUAGAAGGAUGUUUGGGAGAUGGAAUUACAAUAACCGGAGAAAUGGAACAUACACGUUCACUACACUCGAUGAAAUCCCCUGCCCGCAUGCAUGGGCUGUCAUUAAAAAGAAAAAUCUGGUUGCUGAGGAUUAUUGCUCUGAUUUGUUCAAACCGGCGAUCGUGUUGAAGACAUAUGAUAUACCGGUGGAUCCUCUACCCGACGAGCGUGAAUGGAACAUUCCCAACCACAUCUUGGUGGAUGUUGUUUUGCCCCCAAGAUACAAGAGACCGCCUGGUAGGCCAAAGAAGAGGCGUGAUAAGCCUUUAAGUGAAUUGUUGUUUGGAAAGGGCAGACAUGCUUGCAGUACUUGUGGACAACUUGGGCACAACAGACGUUCAUGUAGUUUUGAGCCUCUGAGGAAGUGA